AUGCCGUUCAAAUGGGAUGUUGCGUCCGAGCGAGACUUGCUCCUCUGCGUCAUCGGUGAAAUGACACCUCCCGCAACUUCGAUAUGGCCUGCCGUUGCUGAGAAACUAGGUGGAGGACUCAACGGCAGCGCUUGCAGCCAGAAGUUCUACAAACUCAAGAGGGAAUCCGAGAAGCUCCUCGAAACCGAUGGAUCUCCUGGCACCGCUCCUGCAACCCCAAGCACGAAGCCGGUAGGAAAGGCUGGUGGAACCAAACGCAAGAAGAACACCGAUGUGAACGAUGACGAGACUCCAGCCUCAAGCAAGGUGAAGAAGGCAAAGAAGUUAGCGACCGAACCGAAUAACGACAUCAAGGGAGAACCGAAGACUCCAGAAGGCGUCGAUAUCAAGGUCGAGCAGGACGACGCAGGAGAGAAGGAUGAGUAG